UUCCUACACGGACCUGCGCACUCUAGCUACUAGCAGGUAGCUAAACAUCAAAGUGCGAUGGCGUCCUGCGCGAUGGGCAACACGUCAACACAUUACAUCUUCUACUUCACGCUUUGAUUUGUGUCAACAUCAGCUAGUUGUAAAUUAGAAGAAAAAUAUAAGCGAUAAUGGCGACCGGGGGCGGUGGCGGCGUCGGCGGCGGCUUGGCGUCAAAUCAUGACGGUCAAGAACCAGCAUCCAACUCGGGUCAGUCCGGAGCCGCAGCCGCCGGGCUCUCCGGUGCACCGGCCCCGGCUCCUGCCCCGUCCGCCUCCCCGCCUGUCCUCGGCCUUCACCGGGAGCCCAUGUACAACUGGCAGGCAACAAAGAGCUCCCUGAAGGAGCGCUUCGCCUUCCUCUUCAACAACGAACUGCUCAGCGACGUCCGGUUCAUCGUGGGGAAAGGCAGGCAGGCCCAGAGGAUACCGGCUCAUAAAUUCGUGCUGGCCGCCGGCAGUGCUGUUUUUGAUGCCAUGUUCAACGGCGGGAUGGCGACGACCUCCGCUGAGAUAGAGCUGCCUGAUGUGGAACCGGCAGCUUUUCUAGCCCUGCUCAGGUUCCUUUACUCUGACGAGGUCCAUAUUGGUCCAGAAACUGUGAUGACAACUCUGUACACGGCUAAGAAGUACGCCGUUCCAGCUCUAGAGGGUCACUGUGUGGAAUUCCUCACCAAGCACCUCAGAGCUGACAAUGCUUUCAUGCUCCUCACUCAGGCCAGAUUAUUCGAUGAGCCUCAGCUUGCCAGUCUCUGCCUGGACACGAUAGACAAAAGCACUGCAGAUGCAAUAAACGCCGAGGGCUUCACAGACAUUGACCUUGACACUUUAUGUGCAGUGUUGGAAAGAGACACGCUGAGCAUCAGGGAGAACCGUCUGUUUGGGGCAGUGGUGCGCUGGGCGGAGGCAGAGUGUUACCGACAACAGCUUCCCCCCACCUCAGAGAACAAACAGAAGGUUCUGGGAAAAGCCCUCCCACUCAUACGCUUCCCACUCAUGACUGUUGAGGAGUUCGCUGCAGUAAACCCCAAACCUCGGGUCGACUACAUUGACAGGCCCCGCUGCUGCCUCAGGGGGGAGGAAUGCAGCAUUAAUAGAUUCCAGCAGGUUGAGAGUCGGUGGGGGUACAGCGGUACCAGCGACAGAAUCAGGUUCAAUGUAAACAGAAGAAUAUCUAUAGUGGGUUUUGGCUUGUACGGUUCAAUACAUGGACCCACAGAUUAUCAGGUCAACAUACAGAUCAUCGAGAGCGACAAGCGCGUCACCCUCGGUCAGAACGACACAGGUUUCAGUUGUGACGGCACAGCGAAUACUUUCAGAGUGAUGUUCAAAGAGCCUGUGGAGAUCCUCCCUAAUGUCAGCUACACUGCAUGUGCCACUUUAAAGGGCCCAGACUCCCAUUACGGCACCAAAGGGUUGAAGAAAGUAACCCAGGAAUCAGCAACAGGGACCAAGACCACCUUUUUCUUCUUUAGUUCACCUGGAAAUAACAAUGGUACAUCAGUGGAGGAUGGACAGAUACCAGAGAUCAUUUACUACACUUAGACGUGACGCAGUGACAUGCACGUACGUUGAACCAGGAAGACCUCAGACCGCUGGGAAGACUGGACCGCUGGAGAUUUAGUGCCUCAUAAUUCCACGGAGUAGAGAAUGUGUGAAUGUGUGUUUAUGUGUGUGUCUGUGCUGUGUUUCUUUCCUUUAAAAUAAACAAGCGUUGUACAGACACGCCCGUUAAUACGGCAACAGUUGGAAUUGUAGAAAAAUCACAGCUCUGCUCAUUGGGUCUAAACUGUAUCAUCAUUUUGUAAAUUAUUUUAAAAACAUGUGUUGUAUCGUCAUCAGUAAGCUGCCAGUGCAGGACUCAGACCUGCAUAUGUGACAUUACAGACACUACCUUUUGUUGAUCAAUGCCAUUUGAUUUUGUCAUUUUGUCACCGUUUUUGCUGAUGCAUUUACUGAAAGUAUCAUUUUUGCAUUUUUUUUUUUUUUUUUUUUUUUAAUCGUGCACUGUUAUUUACUCAGCAGGAGUCUACAAGUAUUUUAUUUUUUUGCAUUGUAACAGGAUCGAUCUGUGUUAUGUAACUUUACCAGUGGUACAUGCUGUAAUUUAUGACUUCAUGUUUGCCUAUCACGUCAUUAAAUAU